AUGUCUACUGAAAGAACCACUUAUUCGUCAAAUUUAUUGACGGCUAAAGAGCCUUUUGAGUCUACAGAGGCUAUUAGAAUUAGACUUUCUCAAGCCAAACUGAUAAAUAAGAAUUUUUACUUGUUAUUAAAAGAUAUUGCUGAUUUGAAACAGAAUUAUGUUCAACAGUUACGCAAGAUUGUUGCCCAAAAUGAUAACCUGGACCAAUUGUUGAAGAAGCAAAUGAUAGAGAACCAAGUUCUAACUAGAGAGGAAUUGGCAAACUUUAGCUUCAACUCCGUUGGUGAGUUGAAUCAAUUGUGGGAUACUUUACUUGGUGAAUUGAAGUCAGAUAUGAAUGCUACUACACAAUUUCAACUAAUGUUGCAACAUGAUAUUGUUUCGAAUUUGAAAAAUGCUACUGAAUCUGAUGGCAGAUGGAGUGAAAGUAGAAAGCUACAUUCUAGAUUGACCCAAGUUGCUUCAAAAAUUGAUUAUUACAAGCAACAUGGCGAACGCGGUUCAAAGGUUGAUGAGGUAAACACUCAAUGGAGUACAGAAGCUCCAUAUUUAUUCGAACUUUUUGAAAACAUUGAUCAUGAUCGUUUAGCAACAAUUAGAGAUAGUUUGCUAAAGUUCCAGACUGGAUACAGUGAUUAUUUAUUGUCAUCUACAAGACAGUGUGAAUCUGAUAUGAAUACAAUCUUAUCAUUUAGACCAGAAUCCGAAAUUGAAAGAUUUGCCAGAGAUGCUGCAAAUUACAACUUUCAAUUGGUUAGUGCGCCACAACAGCAAGAUGCAUCAACCCCAAAUAAUGUUAAUAACAACGAAAAAAAGGAAAAAAGAAAGAGUACCUUGGGAAAUAUUGGCCAACGUUUUACUUCAUCUUCUACUGUUUUGCAUCAUGAUUUAAUGAACAACGAGUUUUCAGACUCAAAUAACAAUGCCUCUUUGAAAUCUAAGAAAAGUCCAGGGCGUUUAAGAUCCAAGGUUGGAUCUAUAUUCAGUCGUAAUAAAUUGAAGUCAAAAAAAUCUCAAACAUUCAGCAACAAACAGUAUGACACAAUUUCAGAAAGUAGCCACCCAGAAACUGGAAGUAAAGCUUCCAUCUCGCGCCAAUCCACAGGCCAAUCACAGCCACAUCCACCAUUCCCUCAAGCUCAAGCAUAUCCACAAUCACAACCACAAUCACAGCCUAAUUCAAGCCGUACUGUCAGCACAGCUACUGGUUAUGAAACUGUUCAACAAAAUAGUAGUUAUAUGCAAGGCGGCUCUUCUCCAACAUCUCCAAAUAUGCGUGGUGGUAUGUACCAACCUAAUGAGCCAAAUUAUGUAUCAAAUAUGAACAAUAUGCCAGAGGUGUCUCGAAAUGAAAACGUGAACACAAUGUCCAUGUCACAACCACCAUUACAAGCGCAAUUAUCUAAAGCAUUGCCACCUCAACCAAACUCUCCUCCAAAACAGAUUCCUGCCCCUGUAAAUUCUUCAGCAAGUUCUCCAGCAGUUGAAACUGAUGCUAGAUCAUUCCAUAUUCAAGCUCCUGUAGCACCUCCAUCUAGGAAGCAAACGAGACAAAUACCAAAUCCUUCUGGUACUCCACUUAAUGGCAUAGCUGAAGAGCAAACCCAAGCUCCAAUGACUCAACCUACUGAUCGUCCAGUUUCUGUUUUACUUUCCCAGAAUACAUCUGGUAUGAGAACCUUAGAUCCUCAAUCAACGGGUACAUCUACUUUAAUGAGUGGUCAAUCUUUAUUUCAGCAUAUGGGUUCUACAAAUACUUCAUUUGGUUUGAAUGCCAGUGUUGCUGAAGUUAUUAAUGCCACCUUUAAGGACGGUGUCUUAAGUGAUUCACAUUUGAUUGGUGAAAUUGCACUAAAUUAUGUAAAAGAUCCAAACUCAUCCACCGGUUUACCAAUCGGAUUAAACUUAAGAAUCGAUAAUGGGAAGUCAUUUGAUAAAGUUAUUUUGAACAAUGCCUUCAUGGAACAAGUUUCCCCAGAAGAAUUUAAGGUCAACCCACAAUUCAUUGAUUCCAGAACAUUGGGUGCGAUUAAGUAUUCUGUAAAGCAUCCAAAUGCCCCAAUAGUGGUUCAUCCUGUAUGGAAGUUUGAACCCCACCAAGCUAGUGUGGUUUUAACUGUAAAACUUUCACCAACUUUACCAGAAAGUGUACAACGUUUAGUAUUACAUGAUUUUGCAGUAUAUGUUGCGAUUGAUGGAGCUGAAACAACCAAUGCCUUAUCCAAACCACAAGGUUCCUUUAGCAAAGAACGUAAGAGAAUUACAUGGAAGUUUUCAGAACCAUUGGUGUUAGAUAAGAAUGGUUCAGAAAGAUUGAUUGCUAGAUUUGUAACAAGUGGACUUGCCCAUGAAACUGAAAAGGGUGUCAUUGCCAAAUUCAGUAUUCAAGGUUCCGAUACUGAAUUGGCUACUUCCAACGUUCCAAUAGCUUUACAUUCUCAAGAAUCAAGUGAAGAAGAUCCAUUUGGAGGUUCUUGGAAAUUAAUACAAACUAAUAAGACUUUGACCGCAGGUAAUUAUUUUGGAUUAUCUGGUUAA